AUGGCCGCACAAAUAGGCCUAACCGAACCAGGCCACACCAAAUUCAACCUCACCUUCCCCUUACUCCAGCCCUCUAGCAACAUCACAGCCCCAUCCACAACCGACGAUGCAUCUUCACCUUCUCCCCCCCAAAACAUCAUCCCCGGCAUCCUCUUCGGCAUCCUAACUCCCCACAUAAUCGGCACCCUCUUCCUCCUCUCCCGGCUUUUCUCCCGGUUGUUCCUCCUCAAAAAAUGGUUCUGGUGGGAAGACACGCUCAUCCUGUCGUCCUUCCUCUUCUCAACAGCAGUCUGCGCAACCUACACCAUCACCACAACAACCACCUCCUUCCCCACCACCCAUCACGACCACCAUUAUACGCUACGAACCUACCUCGCCCUCAUCUUCUAUCAACUCUCCCUCUGCCUGACCAAACUCUCGAUUCUGUCCUUUUACCUCAGGAUCUUCUCCUCCUGCGCCUCCACCCGCCGGUUGCGACUCCUCACCGUUCUGACCAUCACCGCUGUGAUGUGCUAUGGCAUCCCACUAUUAUUCAUCACAAUCUUCCAAUGCCACCCCCUUCCCGGCCUGUUUUUCAACUCCCCCACCGCCGUCCCGCAUUGUUUCGACUUCAAACCCCUGCUCAUCGCCAGCACGAGUUUACACACCGCCACCGACGUCUGGCUCAUCAUGCUUAUCAUUCCCGUUAUCGUCCGUAUUCAAAUCCCCCCCCGAGAGCGGGCCAUUCUCGGCGUGGUCCUCAGCCUAGGCGUCUUCGUCGCUGUGGCUAGCCUGACAAGACUGCAACUCAGUCUCAAAGCCGGCGGCUACAUCCACACCCAUCACUCCGGCGGCGACGACGACGACGAGGAUGAAGGUGUCGAGGUGGCGAACACGCUCGCGUUUUUUGUCAUGACGGUGCUGGAGUUGGAUGUGGCGGUUAUUUGUGCCUGUGCGCCUGGGGUGGGGGUGUUGAUGAGGAGGGUCUGGCCUGGGUUUUUGGGAGGCGGGGGGAGGGGGGGUACAGACACCUUGGGAACGGUGAGGGUCGUCGAUGGGGAAGGGGGGAAGAGCGUCACCGAGUUGUAUUUUGCGGGCGAGAAUGGGGAGGUGAGGGAGCCGCCGGCGUUGUUGAUUUCGAAUCAUAGGACGCCGCAUACGACCACUUUGAGCUUAAGGAGCUUCAUCAGUGGGCUGGGCCCGCCGAGGUCGAGAGGGAAGGGGGUGGAAGGUCGGGGGGAGGGGAGGGGGUUGUUGUUGAGGGAGGAUUUUACGACGUGCGAUGACAUGGGGACGCCGACGACGACGAGGACGAAUGAGGUUGGGUUGGAGGGGUGUUGUGAUCAGUAUCGUGUUGGGUUUGGUCGAGGUCAGCCACCCGCAGCUAGGGAGCAGACGACGCCUGAGAAGAAGAGGAGGGGUGGUGUGAGGCGUUAUAGUGGGAGGUGGGGGGAUAGUCAGGAGAGUUUCGUGCUGGGACUGAAUGAUCCCAACAGCCCAAGCCGGCUAACACCGGUCGACCGGGUUAGGAAAGGGGAGGGCAACCGACAAGGAGAAAAGAAGGCAUAG